AUGAAGCUUCUUGUGGUUUGUAUGCUCCUCGGAGCUGCUGCUGCCUUUGACGAAGAUAAGAUUGUUGGAGGUUAUGUCUGUGCCAAGAACUCUGUGCCCUGGCAGGUGUCAUUGAAUGCCGGUUAUCACUUCUGCGGAGGGUCCCUGAUUAAUAGCCUGUGGGUGGUUUCCGCUGCUCACUGCCAUAAACAGAAGGUGCAGAUCAGACUGGGAGAGCACAACAUCUUUGUAAGUGAAGGAACAGAACAGUUUAUCAGCAACGCCAAGUCCAUCAAACAUCCCAGAUACAAUUCUAGGACCCUGGACAAUGACAUUCUCUUAAUCAAACUCUCCACUCCAGCCGUCCUCAAUAACUAUGUCAAUGUCAUACCCCUUCCUUCCGGUUGUGUUGACGCUGGGACCAGCUGUCUGAUCUCUGGCUGGGGAAACACACUUAGCAGUGGCUCCAAUUACCCAGAUCUCCUGCACUGUGUUGACGCUCCCGUCUUGACUGAUGCACAAUGCAACAAUGCCUAUCCUGGAGAAAUCACAGUUAACAUGAUCUGCAUUGGAUACUUGGAGGGAGGGAAGGAUUCCUGCCAGGGUGACUCCGGUGGCCCCGUGGUGUGUAACGGAGAAUUGCAGGGAGUUGUCUCCUGGGGAUAUGGUUGUGCCCUGAGGAACUACCCCGGAGUCUACACAAAAGUCUGCAACUACAACUCCUGGAUCCAAGACACCAUUGCCGCCAAUUAA